AUGGUGAAAAUUAGAUUAAAAACUCCUGAGAUUAUUCAGUUUCGCCUGAGUGAAAGAUUUAAUUAUUUUAUAAUUUGUGUUAAAAGUCUGUUCUAUAAUCAUCACUUGUCUCAAUCUUAUGUAGCGGAUAUCCUCUUAGAGCCAAUAUUUAAAAUAGUCGACUCCAGAGUCUUCAAACGAUUUCUGGGACCACUUUUUGUGUUAUGCUGUAUCUUAUUGACAGGAUCUGUAGUUAUUGCAUGUUACUAUGUCGGCUUACCUUAUUGGUGGAGAAAGUCUCAGGAAGUGACAAUAUUCCUGCUUAUUGUUGGAAAUUGGCUGCUAAUUAAUGUGACCUAUCACUAUUUUAAGGCUGCAUUAAUAAAUCCAGGAACGAUUCCUUUAGCUGAAAGCUAUAAUGCUGUUGGAAUUUGUAAGAAAUGUUUGAUGCCGAAACCACCAAGAACUCAUCACUGUUCAAUUUGCAAUAAAUGCAUCCUCAAAUUUGAUCAUCAUUGUGUGUUCCUUAAUCAAUGUGUUGGUUUUUAUAAUCAUCGACAUUUCUUCCUGUACAUGGCUUAUACAGUCAUUGGAGUGAUCUUCAUCAUUACUUUUGGAAUUGGAAUAGCAUAUGAUGUAUUAUGGCUUGGUGACAGCGGUGGGUGGGAGGAAAAAGAGCAUGAGAAACUGCAUGGAUCACUUGUGCGAUAUAAUUUAACUGGACAUUUAAUUCCAAUAACGGAAGUGGAUUAUGAUUCCUUAGGGAUAUCGCCAGCCUCUCACAAUCUUCCAGUAAGUGAACUUAGUGAUCCUAAUAUUUAUCGUGCAUGCUGCUAUGUAGCUGUGAUUAUCGUUGCUGUGCUGAUUGCUCUUGGUUCAUUGACUGUUUGGCAUUACAUCUUAAUUAGUCGUGGAGAAACUAGCGUUGAAAGUCACAUUAAUAAGUCUGAACGGAAGCGAUACAACUCUAAAGGCAAGACAUUCGUUAAUCCUUACGAUUUUGGAAAGUCUACAAACUGGAAGAUUUUUCUUGGUUUAACAAGAGGAAGGACAUUCUGGAGACACGUUUUAUUCCCAUCAAGUCAUAAGCCAGAUAAUGAUGGCAUAACAUGGACAACAGUCAGUGAUAAUGAACUUUUUCGAGUCAACGAUCAUCAAAUGUGA